UCUCGCAUUAUAAAGAGAGGGGUCUUCUUGUGAGAUUAGAAGAAAGAACGUAAACCCUCCUGGUUUCCAUCCUCUCCUUCUCUCUCUGUUGCUGGCCUUGGUGCGGGAUCCGAUCGAUCCAUCGAGAUGGACGCGGAGCUGCUCGAACUCCGGCGGCAGUUCGAGCUGGCGCAGCAGGUCAAGUCCAGCGUCCGCCUCUCCGAGAGGAACGUCGUCGAGUUGGUCAACAAGCUCCAGGAGCUCCGCUUCAUCGAUUUCGACCUCCUCCACACCGUCUCGGGCAAGGAGUACAUCACCACCGAUCAGUUGAGGCUGGAGAUGGAGGUGGAGGUUAAGAAGUCUGGUCGUGUAUCUGUAAUUGAUCUCUCUGAUGCUAUUGGAGUUGAUCUGUACCAUGUGGAGAGGCAAGCCCAGAAGAUAGUAUCAGAUGAUGCGCGUCUAAUGUUGGUUAAUGGGGAGAUUAUUUCGCAGUCUUAUUGGGAUUCCGUGGCGGAGGAAAUAAAUGAGAAGUUGCAGGAGUGUAGUCAGAUCUCUUUGGCUGAGAUUGCUGCCCAGUUGCAUAUAGGCUCGGAGUUGGUGGUGUCCGUUCUGGAGCCCCGUCUUGGAACACUUGUAAAAGGAAGACUAGAAGGUGGACAGUUGUAUACUCCAGCAUAUGUUUCACGUAUUACUGCCAUGGUUCGUGGUGCUGCAAGGGGUCUCACGGUUCCGAUGAACUUACCAGCUGUUUGGAAUUCCUUGCAGCAACUACUGCAAGAUAUAGAUGGUGCUAAUGGCGUGUCUGUUGAAGGUGUAUUUUUUCAGUCCUUAUUUAAUGGGCUACUGAAGGAGGGGGAGAUUCUUGGGUCACUUCGUGCAGGAGUGCAAUGGACACCAGCUGUUUUCGCCCAUGCUCAAAGGGAAAGUGUGGAUUCUUUCUUUUCACAGAAUUCAUACAUCAGCUAUGAAGUUCUUCACAAGCUUGCGAUGCCUCAGCCUAAACAGUACUUGCAGUCCAGGUAUCCUGAAGGCAUUGCACUAGAUGGUGUUUUCGUUCACCCUUCAUUGGUUGAAAUGUUGGAUGCUGCUAUAGAGGAUGCUGUUGAGCAUGGGAACUGGAUAGAUACCCUUUCAGUUCUACCAGCAUAUAUUGGAGGGCAGGAUGUCUCUAAGAUUUUGUCACUUUGUCCAUCUGUUCAGAGAGCCGUUAAGUCUUCAAAAGCAGUAAUACUGGGAGAAUCCUGCCUUCUUAGCAGUAUCUAUGUUAAGGAUAUGUUUCAUCAAAUGGAGAAAGAGUUGGAUACACUUAGUUACACAAGUCCUGCUGGUCGAGGGUUAUCCAAUGAUUUGCGUUCAGCCAAUGAACCCAAGGUAGGUCUCAGUUCUCGUCAGUACUCUGAGUCAGAAGAAAUUGGUGACAAUUUAGGCAGCAGUAAAAGUGUUUCUGAAAAAGGAUCAAAGAAGAAACGAGGAAGACACUCAGGUCCUGCAAAGGCGGGAACAUUUGAAAAUGAACUUGAUAACCAGGAAAGUCUUCCUACUAAAGUUAAGAAAAACCAGCGGAAACACAAGGAUGCAAGUUCUUUGGAUACUUCUGGUGCAAAAUCUGGCAUUAAGAAAGGUUCAGAUAAGGUGAAAGAGGAUAAUUUGAAUAUUAUAUCUGAAGAAUGGAUAGUGCAGAGGAUAUUGACACUUGCCCCAGAUCUGGGAGAAUUGGGAGAUCCUGAGGAUCCUGAUGCAUUGGUGAGACAUUUGUCCUCUUAUUUGAGGCCUAUGCUGCUUGAGUCGUGGACAAAAAGAAGAAACACAUUGCUAUUGGAGAAUGCUGCAAGGAGGAGGCAGUUGCUUGAUAAUCUGCAGAAGCAGCUAGAUGAGGCGUUCUUGGAUAUGCAGCUGCAUGAGAAAGCACUUGAUCUUUUUGAGGAUGAUCCUUCAACCUCCGUUAUUUUACACAAGCAUCUGCUCAAAACAAUGGCUGCUUCCAUUGUUGACAGGCUUCUGUUAACCCUGGACAUGGAUAACAAAUUGAAGAAUGGAAUAGAAAUUGAAGAUCGUCAAAACCUGGAAUCUUUGCCACUGAGUUCUAUAGACCGUACAUCUCUGGCAAAAGGUUUGCCUGAUUCUCUGUCAAUUAAGGCUCAGGCAGCGGUUGAAGCAUUGGAGGGAAAGCGAGUGGAUGCAUUCAUGACUGCAUUCAGAGCUCUAGCAGAGGAAAGCGGAUUGCUAUUGAAGAAGCUUGAUAAAAAAUUAGAAAGGACAAUGUUGCAUUCUUAUCGUAAGGACUUGACAUCACAAGUUUCUUCAGAAACUGAUCCUAUCAAACUUUUGCCAAAGGUUGUUGCUCUACUAUAUUUGCAGGUAUAUAACAAGGCUCUUCAAGCACCUGGAAGGGCCAUUUCUGCUGCUGUUACUCGAUUGAAGGAUAAAUUGCCAGAUUCAACAUAUAAGAACUUGAUGGAUUAUCAUGGUGCUACAGUUACUCUUCUAGCAUUACAAUCUGCCGCAACUGAAGAUGAAGAAGACUGUACAUCUGACAGGAUUCUUAGCAAAAAAGAGUUGUUAGAGAGUAAGAUGCCAGAACUGAAAGCGAUGGUAUUGGGUACCACAAGCACCUGAGGUAUAGAACUUCCGAAGCAAAAGCAACUGCAGAUACGUUUAUAUAGACACAAUGACCCAUUUUUUCAACCACUCUAAAAACAUAUUUGACACAAUUGUGGAGACUGUAUUGGAAUAUGUAUACUGGAGCACUUGUUCUUGGAUGAUCCACUUAAUCCGAUCAUCCAUGUAUAAUCGAGUGCACGGAUGACCGUGGACUCUGGAAGAUUAUGUUCCAAAGUCUGGUUGAAGUGUGGUUCCUGAGAAUCUGGGUCCUUCAUUUGUAGUAUUGAUCGAAAAUGCAUGAAGCUUGUUUUAUUUCUUGGACUCCAAAUAAUAGUCAGUUUUGUGUGCCA